CCGGCGCCAUAGUGACCGUAGCCCUGGAGACUGUUACUUGCCAACGGCGGCAACGCGCGGCCCCGGCGGCCGGAGCCCAGCGCAGCCCGCGGCACCCGGCGGGGACGGCAGCAGUGAGCAUGCAGAGUCCAGAGGGUGGAUCAGACUCAGCAGCUUCUGUGGCUCUUCACACGUCGGCCCCAGCCCAGGCCCCAGUGGUGCAGCCAGUGCCAGCCUCGCAGCAGAGGGUUUUGGUCCAAGCCACAGGCUCCGCUCCCAAAGGGGCGCAGAUGCAGCAAAUCUCUGUUCCCAGAGUGCAGCAGGUUCCACAGCAGGUGCAGUCUGUGCAGCACGUUUAUCCAGCCCAGGUGCAGUAUGUGGAAGGAGGAGAAGCUGUUUAUACCAAUGGAACCAUACGAGCUGCCUACUCGUACAGCAGCGAGGCGCAGAUUUACGCCCCCGCCGGCGCCGCGCCCUAUUUCGAAGCGCAGGGAGGAGGUGGAGCUCAGGUGACUACAGCGACAUCCUCUCCUACAGCCAUUCCCUCUCACAACAUGGUGGGCAUCACCAUGGACAUUGGGGGAAGUCAGAUCCUCUCCGGCUCGGGAGCCUAUCUCAUUCAUGGGGGGCUGGAGAACUCUAGACAUUCUCUGUCACACACCUCACGCUCCUCUCCAGCAACGCUUGAAAUGGCGAUUGAAAACCUACAAAAAAAUGAAGGGAUUACAUCACACAAAAGCAGUUUGCUCAACAGCCAUCUGCAGUGGCUGCUGGAUAACUACGAGACAGCAGAAGGUGUGAGCCUGCCCCGGAGCUCCCUGUACAACCAUUACCUGAGGCACUGCCAGGAGCACAAACUGGACCCCGUCAACGCCGCGUCCUUCGGCAAACUCAUCCGCUCCGUCUUCAUGGGGCUGAGGACUCGGCGCCUGGGCACCAGGGGAAAUUCCAAAUAUCACUACUACGGGAUCCGCCUGAAGCCGGAGUCGCCGCUGAACCGCCUGCAGGAGGACACCCAGUACAUGGCCAUGAGGCAGCAGCCCAUCCACCAGAAGCAAAGGUACAGAGCAGCCCAGAAGAUGGAUGGGAUGGCAGAGAGUGCAUCCAACAGCAACCCCCACACCACACCCGAGCAGUCAGUGGCUGCUCAGUGCCAGCACCACCAGCAGUUCAUAGAUGUAACCCACGUCUUUCCUGAGUUCCCAGCCCCUGAUCUUGGUAAUGUCCUCUUACAAGAAGGUUUCACCUUGAACGACGUGAAAACCCUGCAGGUUCUCUACAGGAGGCACUGUGAGGCCACUUUGGAUGUUGUGAUGCACCUCCAGUUCCACUACAUCGAGAAGCUGUGGCAAUCCUUCUGGAGUCCCAAGGCACCCCCUAGUGAUGGCCCCACUGCUCUGCCUUCCAGUGAAGAGGAGCCCGAAGGGACCCUCCCAAAGGACAAACUGAUCACCCUGUGCAAGUACGAGCCCAUCCUCAAGUGGAUGAGGAGCUGUGACCACAUCCUGUACCAGGCCCUGGUGGAGAUCCUCAUCCCUGACGUGCUCAGGCCAGUGCCCAGCACGCUGACCCAGGCAAUCCGGAACUUUGCCAAGAGCUUGGAAGGGUGGCUGAUGAAUGCCAUGAGUGAAUUCCCCCCCCAGGUCGUGCAGACCAAGGUGGGGGUGGUGAGUGCCUUUGCCCAGACCCUGCGCAGGUACACGUCCCUGAACCACCUGGCGCAGGCGGCGCGCGCCGUGCUGCAGAACACGUCCCAGAUCAACCAGAUGCUCAGCGACCUCAACCGCGUGGACUUCGCCAACGUGCAGGAGCAGGCCUCGUGGGUGUGCCAGUGUGAGGAGGGCAUGGUACAGAAGCUGGAGCAGGAUUUCAAGCUGACUUUGCAGCAGCAGAGCUCUCUGGACCAGUGGGCCAGCUGGCUGGACAAUGUGGUCACUCAGGUGCUGAAGCACCACGAGGGCAGCCCCAGCUUCCCCAAGGCAGCCAGGCAGUUCCUGUUGAAGUGGUCCUUCUACAGCUCCAUGGUGAUCCGGGACCUCACCCUGCGCAGCGCCGCCAGCUUUGGCUCCUUCCACCUGAUCCGCCUGCUCUACGACGAGUACAUGUUCUACCUGGUGGAGCAUCGAGUGGCCCAGGCCACAGGGGAGACCCCAAUUGCUGUCAUGGGAGAGUUUGGUGACCUCACAUCCCUGUCCCCGACUCUGCUGGACAAAGAUGACAUCGGCGAGCUGGGCACCGAGGUGGACCCGGAGCGGGCGCUGGGGGAGCCGCUGGUGAAACGGGAGCGCAGCGAGCCCGGCCACUCCCUGCAGGACAUCUGACAGCGGGGCUGGACCGAGCCGUCCGGAGCCCGGCCACUCCCUGCAGGACAUCUGACAGCGGGGCUGGACCGAGCCGUCCCGAGCCCGGCCACUCCCUGCAGGACAUCUGACACCGGGGCUGGACCGAGCCGUCCCGAGCCCGGCCACUCCCUGCAGGACAUCUGACACCGGGGCUGGACCGAGCCGAGCGGGGCGUGCCGAGGCUGCAGCUCCCCGGACCUGCGUUAUUAUAGUGCCUCUUAGUUUCUCUUUAUGUUUA